AUGGAGAUACGAUUGUUCACGAUAAUGAUCGUCGUGAUAGCAUUAGGCACCAGCGGAAUCGAUAUUGACCUUCGGAGAGUAGACAUCGAUCAGUGUCCGCUGCCGCCUGGGUCUCUUCAACUUAACAUUUUUGCAGCUAGUGAUAAAUGCAAGAAACGUACGACUGAAUGUAUCGCAAUACCAGGACUGGGAUUUCGCCGUGGAAGUUAUCGCUGCAUUUGCAAACGUGGCUUUUAUUAUCCAGAUAUUAAGUCUACAGAACGUUAUUAUAACGGUACGGUUGUGGAAGAGGAAUUUGAAAAGCUCAUGCUGGGCGAGCACAGCCAGUACUCGAUGGACGGAGUUUUCGAGUGUCUUCCGUGUGCAGAGGGCUGCGAGUACUGCGAAAACGGGUCUCCGUGUGUGGUAUCCUUAAAUUGGCUUAUGAGGACGGCGCUGCUUAUUCUGGAAUGCUGUGUCAUAGCGUGUCUCCCAGUUGUUAUCCUUUUCACGUGGAAAUAUGGAAAUGUUAAGACAUUCAAACAUUCAUACACACUGGCUUAUGCAUAUGCUUAUUUUUAA